CCGUUGCUUCGUAAAAGUUGUCGCAUCCAGCAAGACAGGAGAGGCAAAAUUGUGCUGGGAACCUCAAGACUCAUCCUCAGCUGCUCAGGCUCGGGGAGUCCUUGCUCAAGUCUUCGACCCACGCCGGGUGCUGCGGGCCCCUUGACAGAAUGACGGCUGAUACAGGCUUUGCGAUCAAAAUAAAAACAAAACCAAAGGCAAAGAAGGAAACAGAGAAGGCGAAAGACUGGCUUGGUCGGCCGUCCGCUGAAGGGAAUGCAGCCCAAGGACCGCCGCUCACACAGUCGGUGGUAUAUGUGGACGACGACGCCGCGUCGGUGUUGACGGCCAGUAUCACCCAGAGUAUCACCGAGAAGGCAAGAGAUGGUGGAGCGGUGACAGAGGGACGCCCGAGUGAAACGUUAGCAGGUUCAGAGGGCUCAACGGGAUCCAUAUCCGCAGAAGUCGCUGUGGAUCUCUCGCUCGUGUGCCUAUGCGGAAGAACCCUCAAAAGCAAAGGAGGGCUGACGAGACAUCAAAGGCACUGUGCUGCAGGGGCAAAGCUGCCUGAUGUGCCUUCAGAAAUACCCGCCAAUAUUGACGUCGAAUCCACUGACCCAGCAGCGGCGGACCUUCGACCAAACAAGAAGCGGAAAACGAAAAAGACGCCAGAACCCUCAGAAGACCCGCUCCCACCCGACUUCCCUACUUUCUUCGCCGACCUCGAGCAGCAAUUCCGAUGCCUCAACACCGUCCACUCCUUCUGCCAAGUGCAACGCCAGAUGGUAUGCACUCACGAAGGCCUCAAACGCUCCGUCAAGCGUCUCAGCGGUCGCAAACUCACAUUAGCCGACCUCGGCGCCAUGCGAGCCAUUGCGCCCCCACUGAUGACUCUCUACUGGGCUGAGCGGCAGGAACUGGAGGACGGCACGAUCCGCGAGAUGAUCGAUCCAGACGACCCGGACAACUCGACGUACCUCCUCGUCAUCGAGUUCACGGACGCGCGGCCGGUGAGGGUGUAUGGCAAACGCAAGCUGGUGGACACGGGGGGUCAUCAGAUUGGGUGGAAGUCGGUAUCGCUGAAUGAGCAGACGGCGGCGUCGGGGAAGAGUCAUGCGGUGCCGACGUUGGUGGACAGGCGUAAUCGGAACUUUCGCGAGUUUAUGAUGAAUUUUGUUGGGAUGUGCUUGGAGGAGAAAACCGACCCCGUAGAAAAAGUCCGCGACCUCGCCCUCGGCGCCGUCCCCACCGAGCCCAACCAGCUGCACUACACCAACACCGCGUUCCCCGACUCCAACCUCCCCUCCGACCUCCCCGCCGUCCCCACCAGCCUCGUCGCUCUCAUCGAGGACCUCAAGAAGGAGCCCUUCUACGACGGCCAGAUCGUCGACAACGGGCUGGUGGUGCAACCUCAUCGAGAGGCGGAGUAUGAGGACUCGAACAACCCGCUUUCAGACGAGAUUGCGCACGCGCUUCGUGAGGCGAGCGGGAUUGAGCGGCUUUAUACACAUCAGGCGCAAGCUAUCAAUGCGGUGGAGGAGGGGUUCAAUAUCAUUGUUAGCACGUCAACAUCGAGCGGAAAGUCAUUAAUCUACCAACUCCCCGUCCUCCGCGCCCUCGAACGCGACCCCAACGUUCGCGCCAUGUUCAUCUUCCCCACCAAGGCCCUGGCCCAAGACCAGAAACGCGCCCUACUCGCCAUCCUCACCCACUGUCCGCACCUCCAACACGUGCUCGUCGACACCUACGACGGCGACACGUCCCUGAGCGACGGCUCGCGCGGGCAUAUCCGUGAGAAUGCGAAUGUCAUUUUCACGAACCCGGAUAUGCUGCAUGUGGCAAUUUUGCCGGGGCAUAAGCAGUGGAAAGGGUGGUUGGAGAAUUUGAGGUUUGUUAUUGUGGAUGAGCUGCAUUAUUAUUCGGGGACGUUUGGGUGCCAUGCGGCCAUGGUGAUGCGGCGGUUGAGACGGCUUUGCCAUACCUAUGCAAAUGAUGACACGAAGUUCAUCAGUUGCUCUGCUACGGUGGCCAAUCCCGAAGAGCACAUGAGCCAAUUCUUCGGACUCGCCCCGGCCUCCAUCCGCGUGAUCUCCGCCGACGGCUCGCCCACCGGCCGCAAACUGCACAUCAUCUGGAACCCGCCUCUCAAAACCCCCUCACUUCCCAGCCAAGGCCGCCGCAGCGCCCUCGACGACACGGUCAAACUCCUAGCGCACCUAAUCCACCACGGCGUGCGCACAAUCUGCUUCGCGCGCGUCCGCCGCAUGUGCGAGAUCCUCCUCAAAGAACUCCACACCCACCUCCGCGAACACCUCCCCCACCUCAUCCCAAAAGCCAUGUCCUACCGCGGCGGCUACAACCCCGCCGACCGCCGCCUCAUCGAACAAAAGAUGUUCAACGGCGAACUCCUUUGCAUCGUCGCCACCAACGCCCUCGAACUCGGCGUCGAUAUCGGCUCCCUCGACGCCGUCCUCCAUCUCGGGUUCCCCUUCAACCUCGCCUCCUACCGGCAGCAGUCCGGCCGCGCGGGCAGGAGGGAACGGGAUAGUAUGAGCGUGAUGGUGUGUGAUGGGGAUUCGCCGCUGGAUCAGUUUUACGCUUCCCGCCCGGAUGAGUUGUUUGGCGCGGAGGUGGAGACUAGUGGUGUGGAUUUGGGAAACGAGUUGGUGGUGGAUGCGCAUUUGCAGUGUGCGGCGUGGGAGUGGCCGUUGGCGAAGGGGGCGGACAUGGGCUUUUUGGGCGACCUGGGGGUGGUGGAGUCGCUUUGUGGACGGUAUUUGAGGUGGGAUGAUACAUUCAAGGUAUUCUUCCCCCACGCGAAAUACACCUCCCACCCAUCCCGCCAGAUCUCCCUCCGCAGCAUCGACGAGGACCAUUAUCGCGUGAUUGACGUGACGACGCAUCGGGAUAUCGAGGAUGUGGAGAUGUCGAGGGUGCCGUUCACGCUUUACGAAGGCUCGGUGUUCAUCCAACAAGGCCGGUCCUACAUCGUAUUCGAAGUCGACGCGGACAAGAAACUGGCCAAAGUCCGCCCAACGACGGUGGACUAUGUGACUGCUAAUAGGGAUUUCACGGACGUUGAUCCGAUUCAGAUCUUGGAGACGCGGGAGGUGGUUGUUGUUGCGGGGGCGGAAGUCUCAUCUGCCACAGCAGCUGAUGCUGCAGAGGCCGAGACCCCACCGCAUGAAGUGACUCAGCCCCCGCCCCCGAUCGCAAAUUACGGCCUCCUCCGCCUCCAAACCACCGUCUUCGGCUACUUCAAGCUCAACCCGCGGACCAAACAAAUCCUCGAAGCCGUCGACGGGCUCGAAAACCCGCCCAUCACAAAACACCGCGCGGGGUUCUGGGUUGACGUUCCCCACCCCGCCGUCACUUCUUUGAAGGAACGGGGGAUCAAUGUCGAGUUUAGCGUCCACGCCGCCGCUCACGCGUUGUUGGGGUUGCUGCCCACGUGUGUUGUGAUACCGACCACGGGACAGACGGAUAUCAGGACGGAUUGUAAGCAUCCGCGCGCGGGGCGGUUCAGGGUGCCCCGGAUCAUCAUCUACGACUCGUCGUCGGCUGUUCCUACCACUCAUGACGGAAUGAGGACACCGACGACGACAGGUGGCGGGUUGGUGUAUAAGGCGUUCAGACAUAUUCCGGAAUUGUUGAGGCGCGCGUGGGUGGUUGUGAGGGAGUGUCCAUGUGAGGACGGGUGUCCGGGGUGUGUGCAUAGGGCGGGGUGUAAGGAGGGGAAUGGGGCGUUGAGUAAAAAAGGCGCGGGGGUGGUGUUGGGGGCGUUUUGUGGUGAAGUUUCUCGAUAGUUUUUUGAUGGCCCGAUGUCAUUGGACACGACGCGAGAUCCCAGCAUGGACGCCGCCCGGUGCGAAUUGUAAAUACACGCGAACUUUUUUUGGUUUCAAUGCACCGCGAUAAGGUGUGAUUGGAGCAUGAAU